UCAAUACUGUAUACAAAAACGGGGUCUAAGAUGGCUUCGGGACGCAAAACGACGACUUUUGGAGACGCUACAGCUGUGAAAGCCUUGUCAACUCAUAAAUAUAGUGCCUGGUUUCACGAUGAUUGGUGCAUUGGUUCAGUGCCUCAUGGAGGAUAUGUAACAAGUAUCUUCAUGCAAGUUGUGGCUACACACUUCAACACCACCCUUUCCAAGCAGAAUCAACCCCACACCAUAGCUCUACACUUAGACUUCCUCCGGCGAACACAAGUCGGGGAGGCACACUUCACAGUCAAAGACACAAAGCUAGGUCGCCAAGCCUCCGUUGUCCACCUUACCUUAUCUCAAGCUGGCCGUGAAGAGGUGCUAGGCGUAAUCACCAAUUCCAACAUACUCACCGAGACUGGCGUCACAUUUCCAACUUCCUGGAGUCUAAACCCGGCGCCAUUACCAGUCUCUCUUACACGUCUCUCGGAAAACAGGGAUGAAAACUGGUGCUUGCAACCCGAAAUGCCCUUUGCGGCUUUCCGUAAGGCAACGGCGAAAACAGACUUCUUUCUGCCGAGAGACGGGCAGAAAGAAAGGAACAAAGCAGAUGAAUGGAUUAGACUGAGGAGCGGAGAGAAAUGGACGAACAGUAGUCUUGGAUAUGUGGCUGAUAUGUGGCCUAUGCCAGUCGAGGCUUUCAUGCGCGAGCAGAAUGCUUCUGAUGCUAAUAGCAACGGCGGGAAGAUGAAGAAGUCGGGAACAAUGUGGUAUCCCACUUUGCUGUUGAAUUUAGACGUCAAGAAGGUCCUGCCGGACGAAGGCGUUGAGUGGCUUCUUGUGAGGGUAGAAGCCAAGGCGAUCAAAAACGGGAGGAUGGAUCUUGAGAUUGUAAUCCUGGAUGAAGGGAAUGGUCUUGUGGCUCUUUCUCAUCAUGUUGCUCUUGCUGUUCCCGCGGAUAGGAAUCUGGCAGAGCGGAAUACAGAUGCCAGCAAAAUUUAG